CCUUUGACCUCUGCUGAUGUGCUAAACAUCCGGGCUAUCUGUACUAUAGAGGGAAGAUGGCGGCUGCGUUACUACCUGCUGAUUGGAUAAAGAACUGGGAAAAAUCGGGAAAAAACGAUUUUGUGCAACUAUGUCGCAACAUCGGUGAGAAAGGACAGGACACUGUGACUUUUAAAGAAAUUCAGCAGGUUCUCUAUGAGCUGGCCUGUCAUGUUGUUAAAGGAAAUCUUAAGCUGGAGAUUGCUUGUGCAGGACUUACUGACAUCAUGGACCUUCGAGAAGAUAUGCCUUCAAUCUUAGCAGAUGUAUUUUGUAUUUUGGAUAUUGAAACAAGUGGCCUGGAAGAAAAAUGGAAGAGAGAUAAUUUUACACAGUUGGUUUUACAAUGCUUGUAUUUAAUAUCAGACACUAUUCUGAAGGAACGUCUGGAUCCAGAAACACUUGAAUCUUUAGGGCUAAUCAAGCAAUCUCAGCAAUUUAAUCAGAAAUCUGUAAAAAUAAAGACCAAACUUUUUUAUAAACAACAGAAAUUCAAUUUAUUAAGAGAAGAAAAUGAAGGAUAUGCAAAACUGAUUGCAGAGCUUGGGCAGGAUUUAUCUGGAAGCAUAACAAGUGAUUUAAUCCUGGAAAACCUAAAAUCAUUGAUUGGAUGCUUUAACUUGGAUCCCAAUAGAGUGUUGGAUAUAAUCUUGGAAGUGUAUGAAUGCCGACCAGAACAUGAUGAUUUUUUUGUACCUUUAAUUGAAUCUUAUAUGUGUAUGUGUGAACCUCAAACACUUUGCCAUAUCCUUGGAUUCAAAUUCAAGUUUUAUCAGGAACCCAAUGGCGAGACUCCUUUAUCUUUGUACAGAGUAGCAGCUAUACUUUUGCAGCAGAAUCUAAUUGACCUGGAAGAUCUAUAUGUACAUCUUCUUCCCUUGGACAGCAGUAUUCUUGAGGAACACAAGAAAGAAGUGAUUGAAGCUAAGCAGCUUGUACGAAAAUUAACAUUAGUUGUUUUGUCAUCUGAAAAAUCAGAUGAAAAAGAGAAGGAAAAAGACAAAGAUGAAGAAAAAACUGAAAAGCCUCCAGACAAUCAGAAGCUCGGUUUAUUGGAAGCACUAUUAAAGAUUGGAGACUGGCAGCAUGCACAGAACAUUAUGGAUCAGAUGCCACCAUUUUAUGCUGCUUCACAUAAACCCAUCUCUUUAGCUCUUUGUAAUCUUAUACACAUUACUAUUGAGCCAUUAUAUCGAAGGUUUGGGGUUCCAAAAGGAGCCAAAGGCUCUCGGCUAUCUCCUUUGCGAAGCAGCAAGGCACCGAAACCAGUGGAAUGUUUUGAUGAUUUAAGAAGAGAUGUUUUCAUCAUGCUUUGUUUCCUGGGACCCUACCUUUCCAAUGACCCCAUCCUGCUGGCAAAAAUUGUUCGGCUUGGCAAAGCAUUUAUGAAAGAAUAUCAAUCUGACGCAUGCAAAUCUGAAGGCAGAGAGAGGAUGGAAGUCUUGUUUAGUUCUUUGCUUGGCAUUACAGACCAGGUCCUGCUUCCAUCUCUGACAUUAAUGGAUUGCAACGCAUGCAUGUCAGAGGAAAUUUGGGGAAUGAUUAAAAGCUUUCCCUACCAGUACAGGUAUCGUCUGUAUGGUCAGUGGAAGAAUGAAUCCUAUAACAGCAAUCCAUUGCUUGUGAAAGUUAAAGCGCAGACAAUUGACCGCGCAAAAUACAUCAUGAAGCGUCUAACAAAGGAAAAUGUAAAACCUUCAGGAAGGCAAAUUGGAAAAUUAAGCCAUAGCAAUCCAACCAUUUUGUUUGACUAUAUUCUUUCACAAAUUCAGAAAUAUGACAACUUAAUUACUCCAGUUGUAGAUUCAUUAAAAUACCUAACUUCGCUGAAUUAUGAUGUCCUGGCAUACUGUAUUAUUGAAGCCUUAGCUAAUCCGGAGAAGGAGAAAAUGAAACAUGAUGACACCACGAUCUCCAGUUGGUUGCAAAGUUUAGCUAGUUUCUGUGGCGCAGUUUUUCGCAAAUAUCCUAUUGAACUUGCCGGUCUUUUGCAAUAUGUUGCAAAUCAGCUAAAAGCAGGAAAGAGCUUUGAUCUGCUGAUUUUGAAAGAGGUAGUGCAAAAGAUGGCUGGAAUUGAAAUCACUGAGGAAAUGACAAUGGAGCAGCUGGAGGCAAUGACUGGAGGAGAGCAACUUAAAGCUGAGGGUGGGUACUUUGGACAAAUAAGGAACACUAAGAAGUCCUCACAGAGGUUAAAAGAUGCCUUGCUGGACCAUGACUUGGCUCUUCCAUUGUGUCUGCUUAUGGCCCAGCAAAGAAAUGGUGUGAUCUUUCAUGAAGGUGGAGAGAAACAUUUAAAACUUGUGGGAAAACUGUAUGAUCAAUGUCAUGAUACGCUUGUGCAGUUUGGCGGAUUUUUGGCUUCAAAUUUAAGUACAGAUGAUUAUGUAAAGCGCGUCCCUUCUAUUGAUGUUUUGUGCAAUGACUUUCACACGCCACAUGAUGCUGCAUUCUUCCUGUCCAGACCUAUGUAUGCCCAUCACAUUUCAUCAAAAUAUGACGAACUUAAAAAAGCAGAAAAGGGGAACAAGCAACAGCAUAAAGUUCACAAGUACAUUACAUCAUGUGAUGUAGUGAUGGCUCCAGUUCAUGAAGCUGUUGUUUCCUUACACCCUCCAAAAGUCUGGGACGACAUCAGCCCCCAGUUUUAUGCUACAUUCUGGUCUCUGACCAUGUAUGAUCUUGCUGUCCCAAGCUCCAGCUACAGCAGAGAAGUUAAUAAACUAAAACUGCAGAUGAAAGCGGUUGAUGAAAAUUUAGAAAUGCCCCCAAACAAAAAGAAAAAAGAGAAGGAGAGGUGCACCGCCUUACAAGAUAAGCUAAUAGAGGAAGAGAAGAAGCAAUCUGAACAUGUAAGCAGAGUUUUACAGAGAAUGAAACUGGAAAAGGACAAUUGGCUUUUAGCACGAUCAACUAAAAAUGAGACAAUCACCAAAUUUUUGCAACUUUGCAUAUUUCCACGCUGCAUAUUUUCAGCAAUUGAUGCUGUGUACUGUGCUCGGUUUGUAGAACUGGUACACCAACAGAAAACCCCCAAUUUUUCUACACUUCUCUGUUAUGAUAGAGUAUUUUCUGAUAUAAUUUACACUGUGGCAAGUUGUACUGAAAAUGAAGCCAGUCGGUACGGAAGAUUUCUCUGUUGCAUGCUGGAGACAGUAACGAAAUGGCACAGUGACAGGGCAAUCUAUGACAAGGAUUGUGGCAGUUACCCUGGAUUUGUGACUAUUUUGAGAGCAUCGGGCUUUGAUGGUGGGAAUAAAGCUGAUCAGCUAGAUUAUGAGAAUUUCCGCCAUGUGGUACACAAAUGGCAUUAUAAGUUAACAAAGGCAUCGGUGCAUUGCCUUGAGACAGGCGAAUAUACUCAUAUCAGAAAUAUCCUUAUUGUACUCACUAAAAUCCUCCCAUGGUAUCCAAAAGUCUUAAACUUGGGCCAAGCCUUGGAACGCAGAGUACAUAAGAUCUGCCAAGAUGAAAAGGAGAAAAGACCUGAUCUCUAUGCAUUGGCUAUGGGCUACUCCGGACAGUUGAAAAACAGGAAACCUUACAUGGUACCUGAAAAUGAGUUUCACCACAAAGAUCCACCUGCAAGGAGUUUUAUUCCACCUGUAGUACAGAAUGGCCCGACUUCUGCUAGCCAGUCUGCAACUGUUUUGGUUAAUGCAGCUAAACCGGAAGAAGUCACUGCUGAGGACAGUGAAAAACUAAAGGAGAAAUCUCAAGCUGCAGUAAAAGUUGUGAACAAAGCUGCUAGCACAACACCAAAGGUGACCGCAAGUAAUGGAAACAGCGCUUCUAGCAGCAAAGUUAUAAAAGAAAAAGAUGAAAAAGACAAAAACGGGAAAGAAAAAGAAAGAGAGAAAAAAGAGAAAACUCCAGUUGCACUUCAAGAAACCAAGGCACCAGGGAAGGAUGGAAAAGAUAAAGUGAAGGAAGAUAAGACAAACAAAGAUGAGAAGCAACGUGACACUAAGGAGAAGACUCCUAAAGCUGAAAAAGAAAAGGAGAAAAUCAAGAAAGAAGAAAAGAUCCAGAAGGAAGAAAAAUCUAAGUCUGUUACAGUAAGCACUGAGACAAAACUGGCUGCGGAGAAGGAAAGAGAAAAGGAGCCGUCAAGAGAGAGAGAAGUUGUUAAGGAAAGCAAAUCGAAGGAGAGCUCUAAAGGAGUUGACAAAACUGUUAUAACUGGGUCCUUGAAGUCCCCUGUUCCUCGAUCUGAUAUGUCGGAAUCUGAAAGGGAACAAAAACGGCGAAAAGUUGAUACGCAUUCUUCUCCAUCUCAUUCCUCUGCAGUAAAGGACAACCUCAAUGAAUUUAAGGAUUCUUCAAUAAAGCACUACAUAAACCACACUACCCCACCAAUGUCCAAGAGCAAAGAAAAAGAGGUGGAGAAGAAAGAACAAGAAAAAUCAAGAGAGCGAUCAAGGGAAAGGGAGAAGAAGGAGGAAAAAGAAAGGAAAGAGCGGAAGAGAGAUCACUCAAACAGCGACCGUGAAUUAACACAAGAAUCCAAAAAACGCAAAGAGGAAAAUGGAACUAGCAUCUCUAAACGCAGUAAAAGCGAAAGUCCAUCAGACUCGCCACGCUCAAAUGAAAAGGAGAGAAAUAAAUCUAAAUCUUCAAGUAAAGAGAAAGGAGAUUUUGUAAAAUCAGAAAAGAUGGAAAAAAGUUCCUCUAGCAGUAAAAAGGAAUCCAGACAUGACAAGGAAAAAUCUGAGAAGAAAGAGAAGCGUGAAAGUGCAGGGGGAAAAGAAGAGAAAAAGCACCAUAAAUCUUCAGAUAAGCACAGAUAGUGAUUCUUCUGGCAGUCAAGGUGGUGUUUGACUCGGAAGGUGACCAAAAUCGUUUAUACCACAAUACUGAUUGCACAGAUGUUUGUCAAUGAAGAGGGCCCAUUUGCACCUCCCUUAAGUUAUUCAUUUAUUUGCAUUACAGCUUUUUUUCCACCCUCCAGUGUUUAAGUUGUGCAUUGCUGUAUUUUAAAUUUGUUGCUUAUUUUUUCUUACCCAUUUAUUUUCAGUAUAUGGCUGAAAGUGUUUAUCUAAUUCCAUAAUCUUAAGCACAAUGUGCUGCAAACGGACAACUGCCACAGUGCAAAUGAGAUUACUUUUGUGUGUACAGUGUAUCACUUUAGGUUGUCUAAAUACUGCUUGGGAUUUAGUAAUUCUUUGCAAUUUGAAAUGCAUACUUUUUAAUGUUGCAACAACAAAUAAAGUUAUUCAAUUUUUUUUUCAAUUUACCUCAUUUAAAAGGUUUAUUUAUUACUAUCCUUGUAAGACAUGCAAUGGCACUGUUUUCAUGCUGAUGACUAAUGUUUGUAUAUUAUGUGUAGAACAUGAAAUAUUUGUUAAGGAAUUACUGGAUCAUAUCUUUUAUCUAUGAAAUGUCCCCAACAACACAUUUUGUUGCUUAUAAUUUUUUAAAUACAUAAAAUGAACUUAAUUGCAGGCGUUUCUGAAAGAACUUAGGGUUCAAUUAUACAAAUAUAGGAGCUUUGUAUUGCUGAACUUUUAGUCUGAAAAGUUUCACAAAACUUUUUUUAAAAGAAAUUUUUAUCUGCUGAUUCUACCAGUGUAAGCUUUUUUCUAAAUAAAGAAAUAGUUUCUCAAUGGGUCGUAAA